CGCAAGCCGUUUAGUGGCCCGCGCGCUGCCGCCCUCGUGCGCGCGGGGCACCCUCGCCGGGCAUGCGCAUGCCGGCCCACUGCCGCUGACCGCUGCUUAGGGCGCCGGGAGGAGAGGCGCGGGCCUGGCAUGCGCCGCCGGGCCAGGAGCCUUCCGGACCGGGAAGUCAAGGCGGAAGAGGCGGGCGACGGCUCCAAGAGCGCGCCGCUGAUCCGCUACACGUUUGUGGAGGUGGCGGAGCCCUCGCGGGGCACCGGCGCGCGCAGGCGCAGGGUGCAGUCUUCGCCGCCCGAGCUGACCGGCCACACCACCGAGGCGCGCCAGGCGGUACCCUCUCCGCGGGUGGAGCGGCCGGAGGAGACGGAGACGCGGACUACCGUGGUCAUCCGGGGCAUGCCCCACGCGCUGACGCGGGCUGCGCUGCUCGAGGCGAUGGACGGCAACGGGUUCCGGGGCGCGUACGACUUCGUCUAUUUGCCUAUCGAGUUCAACACGGGCAAGAAUUUCGGAUAUGCGUUCGUGAACUUUGUGGGGCCUGCGAAGGC